UCCUCUCGAGCUGACUGCGUCUACACUAUGCAACAUACAAACUGAUGGAAAGUCGAUGGACGAGUGCGGUAAUAGUGCACCAUUUAUUCGCCGCGCAUCGGCAGUUUAGAACUUCCAGCUCAACUCAACAUGUAGAGCGCGGCGGCUGCCCAGACACAGACUGGUGCUGCUCAACUGUGAUCAACAUGAUUCCGCCAGCGAACAUGAUCCAGGAGGACAUGAUGGGCAAGGAGAGCGAACGGGAGGACCGUGAGCCCCAGUCACCCACAUCCAUCAGCCAGCACGAGUCAAAGCUGCAGAGGCUAAAGCGAUCACUAUCCUUCAAGACCAAGAGUCUUCGCAGCAAAAGUGCAGAUAAUUUUUUCCAGCGGCCAAUGGAGGAUGUGAAGUUUCAGACCGAACUGCUCUCUGAUGUCAGCAGCAGCACAGGUCAUCUGAGCACCAUCGGCAUGUCCGUCUCAGCGUCCCCAGUGAUGUCACUUCCUCCACCACCCCCUCCACUGCCCACCGUCAUCCCGGGCAACCUGCCCAUCACAAUCUGUUCUCCAUCCCGUGCCCCACGCCCAGCGGACCCCAACGCACACACAUUUCUAGAGCACAUCUUCAAAAAGCCCCAUUUCUGUGACGUCUGCAACCACAUGAUUGUAGCUUGCCAAGGGGGAGCAGGCAAGGUGUUCGGCACCAAUGCUAAGCUGGGCCUCCGGUGCAAAGCCUGCAAGAUGGGCAUCCACAACAAGUGCCUGGAUCGAGUUGGACAGCAGAGAUGCAUGGGGAAAUUGCCUAAAGGUUUCCGGAGAUACUCGAGCUCCCCUCUGCUGAUCCAGGAACAGUUUGGCUGUAUUCGGGAGGUGAUGCCUAUUGCCUGUUGCAGUAGAGUUGACCCGGUGUAUGAGACUCUGAGAUUUGGAACCUCUCUGGCACAAAAGACCAAGCGGACCAGUGGAUCAGAGUCACCACAGAGAAACUCUACCACUGACGUGGCUCAGGUGCCAGAAGAAAAGACGGCCCACAGCAGUCGAGCUCAACUCACCAGGAAACCCAGUGACAACGUUUUUGCGCCAGUGGAGAAUGGAACAGAACAUUUUCAUAUUGCUGAAAGGAAAUCAGAAGAAUCACCUUCAAACAGAGAGCUGAAGAGGGACCCUGUGCAGCUCAGUACUUAUGUGGCUUUGUUUGAAUUUGCCCCCCAAGACAACCAAGACCUAGAAAUGAGACCCGGAGAUCGAAUAAUCCUGGCAGAUGAUUCCAAUGAUGAUUGGUGGAAGGGUGUGAUUGAAGAUAGAAUAGGUUAUUUCCCAGCAUCCUUUGCGCAUCAGGUGAGGACGGGCGACAGGGUGUUCAGAUGUAACCGAACCUUUAUUGGCUGUAAGGAGCAAGGGCAGAUCAACAUGAAGGAGGGACAAAUUUGUGUCAGCGGUGAGGACGAACACAAUGGCUUCAUCAGAGUAGCGAGUGGGAAAAAGAGAGGAUUCGUGCCCUGUGAUGUCCUGGAGAAUAUAUGAUGUGAAAGAACAGAGAGAAGAGAUGGUUCAUUUAGAGAAAAGGAAAGACUUUUCAUCACUGUUUGAAUGAUCUAUGGAUCCACCUGUAGUGUGGGCAGACGCUGGAGGGCUCUUCAGGACUCGGUGUCUCCCUCAGUGACAGAAGGAAGAAUGGACAAUGAUUUCAAAGAGUAUUUGGACAUCUAAGUUGGACCUAAAAAUGUGUAUAUUUAAUCUCAUUUACUAACAAAACCAAACCAUCUGCAAACAAAUGCUGCCAGAGAACCAACGCUACUUUUUAAAGCUAUUUUUUCAGCCCAUCAAACAUGCUGAAUGAAAUCGAAUACGUGUUUCUUACUAAGUUGAGGUGAUGGAUCCAAACAUAGUGCCUGUUUUCCUCUAGUUUUUUAAAGAUAGUUAUCAUUUAAAACCUAAACUUGUAUUAGGUUCAGAUAAAUGCCAUUUGGUUUGGUAUUUUGAUAUCUAACCAUUUUCACAUCAAGCUUAAUUGUCCAAAUACUUCUUGGGGCCAUUGUUUGUGUGUUUCAUAAACUGCUGAAUGUCAGUGUCAUGUUUUCUUCUCGAGAGAAUUGUGUUUUCUGUAUUUAAUUUAUUGAAUGUUGGUGUAGGGGGUCGUCAACCACAACACUUUUCACUAUCUAUUCAAUAUACUGUAGCAUCAAAACUCACAUUGUUUUGAAAUAUCUUAAUUUUUAAGGCAACUUAUGUAAUGCUUCAUAUAUUUCUAUAAAGUCCAAUACAUGUUUAAUGCUGUGUAAUAUAUGUUCUAUUUUAACCCAUUCUUUUCAGUUUAUGUGCAGGUGUAUUUUGUUCUUUGACAAUUACUUUAAACUUGCAGUCCCAAAAUUGUAUUUUCCACUCAUGCUUCAGAGAACAGAACAGGAAUGAUCAGAUCUCUGCUGAUGUUAAUUUUAAUUCAUAGCAGAACAUACACAUUCCUUGGUCAAACACAAUCUCUGGGCUAUAUGAUAAAAGCAUGUGGACAAGGGUUUAUGCAAACAGAUCGUUUUUGUCUUUUAUGUCCUAUUGUGUUCAGAUGUCUCAAACAUAGAUGUGCUAUAUGUCAUCUGUUCUCAUUAUCUUUUAUUAUUAAGACAUUUUAUUUUAGAAAAAGAAUCAUUGUGAUAAAUAAAGCAAAUUUACACCAUUAAAGCAGGUAUGACUAAAGAAAAUGGUUACAGUAAAAAACAAUUAAAUUACUGUUUUUAUUAUUAUUGUUAUUAUUAUUUAUUUGAGUCUAGUCAUGGAAGCAUAGGCAUCAUGUUGUGCCCAUUUAUGAUACAUAAUCUCUGUCUCUUUAUAAGAUCAUUUAACUCAUCAUGUCUAGUCUUUUGAUAUUUUAAUUUGAGCUCACUGAAGCUGGCUUAUUGUACAGCAUGAUAUUGCUCUGUAUAUACUUUAUGUACAGAAUUAAAGUUUAUUUAUUGAUCUA